UAAAUAUGGCGUCCGAAGACAGUUAUGUGUUUUAUCAAGCUGAUUUACCUGCAUUAAGUUUUCCUGUUAUAGAAGAUAUAAGGCGCCAGGGUAAAUUAUGUGAUGUUACGCUUAAGGUUGAUGAUCAAGCUUUUACUGGGCAUAGAAUCAUCCUUGCAGCGACAAUUCCUUAUUUCCAUGCAAUGUUUACCCAUGAUAUGAUGGAAAGCAAACAAAAAGAAAUUACAAUUCAAGGCAUAGAAGCAAGUGCUUUGGAGGCUUUAAUCAACUUUGCAUACAGUGGAAAAGUUAAAAUCCAUACAAACAAUGUGCAGUCCUUACUAGUAGGUGCUUCAUUUCUUCAGCUGGGAAAGGUCCGAGAGGCUUGUUGUGAAUACUUGAAAAAGAGGCUCCACCCAAAUAACGUGUUAGGAGUGAGAUCAUUUGCCGACACCUUAGGAUGUGCAUUGUUAGUAGAAGCUUCGAACAGAUUCAUACAGAAACACUUCGUAGAAGUUUGUAGUUCAGAGGAAUUCAUGUCCCUACACUUUCAAGACCUUUAUGAGAUUAUUGGAAGAGAUGAACUGUAUGUGGCAAGUGAAGAACAGGUGUUUGAAGCUGUGAUAUCAUGGGUGAAAAAGGAUGUUGUUUCACGGCAGGAUAACUUGCCCGAACUUCUGACCAAAGUACGCAUGCCUCUCCUUACACCUUAUUACCUUACUGAUCGGGUUGCUACUGAAGAACUCAUCAGGACAUCUCAUCGAUGCCGUGACUUGUUGGAUGAAGCCAAGGACUAUCACUUAAUGCCUGAGAGACGACCACUACUUCAGAGCCGUAGGACAAGGCCUCGUUGUUGUCCCGACAUUAUUGGUUUAAUUUAUGCUGUUGGUGGAUUAACCAAAGCAGGUGACUCCCUUAGCACGGUUGAAGUUUAUGAUCCAAAUAUUGGGAGGUGGCAGAUGGCGGAAGCCAUGACUAUGUUACGUAGUCGUGUAGGAGUUGCUGUAAUGCACAACAAACUUUAUGCUAUUGGUGGCUACAAUGGUUCAGAACGACUUAGCACUGUAGAGGUUUUUAACCCAGAUACCAAAGUUUGGACAAAGGUGGCUUCCAUGAAUUGCAAAAGAAGUGCUGUAGGUGUUGCAUCUUUGUACAAUCGACUUUAUGUUUGUGGAGGAUAUGAUGGAGUGUCCUCCCUGAACACUGUUGAAUGCUACAACAUUGACAAAAAUGAAUGGACAAUGGUGACCAGUAUGUCCAAGCAUCGAGGUGCUGCUGGAGUUGUUGCAUUUGAAGGGCACGUUUAUGCUUUAGGAGGUCACGAUGGACUUUCGAUAUUUGAUUCAGUUGAAAGGUAUGACCCACAGUCAGGUCAGUGGAUACUAAUGCCUCCAAUGUUAACGAAACGAUGCAGACUGGGUGCAGCUACCAUGAAUGGUAAAAUUUAUGUAUGUGGUGGCUAUGAUGGCUCCACCUUUCUUCAAACUGCAGAAGUUUAUGAUGUUCUGACAAAACAGUGGAGUUUCAUUGCUUCGAUGAAUGUCAAGCGUAGCCGUGUGGCAUUAGUGACAAACUGUGGGAAGCUCUAUGCAGUUGGUGGAUAUGAUGGAGAAUCGAACUUGAGCACAGUUGAAGCUUAUAACCCAGAAACCAAUGAGUGGAGUUUUGUAGCUUCUAUGUGUGCACACGAAGGUGGAGUUGGUGUUGGAGUUAUUUCUGUCUUAUAAGUGAAGAUAGGGAUACAUAGAAUAAACAGUAAAUCAAAUUUAUUUGACUUGGGUACUGCAAAUAUAUUUUUCUUUCAAUGUCCCAUUUUUCUUGCAUAUUCCAAAUAAGAAUUUUUCUUUUCAAGAUAUUUUCAAUUUCAUCACAGACAUGAGAAAAUAAACUCAUAAUAUUUAUUUUAAAGUAUUUUCUAUGCCAUUAUACGAGUAAUAUUGUUUGCAAUUUUGUAGUACAUUUAUAGAAUUUUUUUUAAAAACAUCAAAGAAAAGAAUGAUUAAUUAUUUGUGUUCAUAGAUGAAUGAAAGAUUGAAGUGAUAACAUUCAAAAUACAACUAAUACAUAGCUAAUAUGUUUGUGCAAGAAGAGCAUAUGUAAGAGAUUGGUCCUUUAAUACCAAUGUACUGUACUUGUAUCAAAAUUAGAAUGUGAUCAGAUAAGCUGUAUCCUAACCAUAAGAAAGCAAGGCUUCACUGUGUAUACUUUUAUUUUUUGUUUUCAUAUAUGUAGUCACAAUUUUUUCCCAGUUACCUUCUUUAAGCUACAUGUAAUUUGGACAAGUUUUGUGUAGAUGGAUUUGUUAAAGAUUUUAUUAGUGUUUUUAGAACCAAUAUCAAAUCUUUAAAAUAUGAAGUAUACUAACGAGUACCAUUACUGAAAAAGAGUAUCACAAAUAUAUUUAUUGUAAAUUUUCUGAUUUGUAAUGUUACUGUCUCCCAUAAACUAAGUACCAUAAAUGAUCUUAGUAUUGUAUUGGUUUAGUAAAUAAUCCUCAUCAAGCCAAAUUGUAAUGUGUUUAGUCUUAAAAAGGAACCAAAAUCAAGUAUUUCGUCUUAGAAUGAUUAUAAUUAUAAGAAAGAGCUCAUGUAUUUAAUCAAUACAAAAAAAAUUAGGUUUAAUAGCUCAAACAUUAAUGCAGUAAUAUGAAGAGCUGAAAAAUUACAGACCUGUAAGUGGUAAUGACUAAUUCAUAUACAGUAAUAAACCAAACAAACGUAUAUGUCAAUAAUGGGGAAACCUAGAAUAUGGUCUUGCCAAGUUUGGCCUAAUUUUUCUUAUCUUACAAAAUUACAUUUAAUUCUAGGUUAAACUAACGUUAUAAGUAUUACUUCUUUCAGUGUAGUCAGAAGUACGUUUUUUAUUUAAAAUUGUGUAAAAGUUACAAGAAGUUUAGUACUGAUGUGAGAGAGGAGUGUUUUCUUGAAUAUGUUUUCAUUUGACAAAUGGCGUAUGAAUAUGAAAGUUGUAAAACACAAACUUAGUACUAAGAAUUUAAUUGUGAUGUAAUUUUGUUGAAAAAAUAAAGCAUAGUUAGAGUGGUCACAGGUGGGAAAACAGUUAUGUAUGAUAGAUAAAUAGUAAUAUUAAGCUAUAAAAAAAAUUGUUUACUUCUACUCUGUGUAGUUUAAUCAUCUGGAUAGAAGAUAGCGAAAUAAGAAUGAUUGUUUAGUGUAUAUUAAAAUAUAUAAAAAGUGUGUUAAAGAUUAACAAAGGUAAGGUGUUUUUUUUUACAAAUUUUAAUGAUAUUUUCUGUCAAUAACUACAUCUAAUACUGCACAGUGAGCUUAACAUCACUUGGAUAAAACCUGUUAUUACAUGAACAGCAUCUUCAAUGUUUAAUUUUUCUUCAGUUGUAUUAAAUAGAAUGCAUAUACUUACUGUUUUGUAACAUAAAAUCACUUUUUUUUUUUUUGAAGUCAUGAAUGUAUAUUACUCUUUGUAUUUUUUGACAGUGGAACGUUAUAGUUACCAAAAUGUUAGAAUAAAGUUUUUCUUAUUGUUCACAAUAGUUGAUGGCAGAUAUUAAUAUUUCGACAAGUGCUAGCUUAACCCAACACAAUAACGUAUACAGUAUGAUAAAAAAAAUGAAAAUUUUGGCUGUAUUUUGACAUGAAAAGUAGUUAUCAGAUAUGAGCUUUUUCUGCAAUUUUAUUAUGGGCAAAAUAUUUUCAUCGUGAACAGAAGAAAGAAAUUGAUUUAGAGAAGAAAACCUUGCAGGUCUUAUUUUGCUGAUAUAUUAAUUAUUAAUGACCUUUCAGUUGUGUUAUCUGCUACUGUGCAUACCUUGCGUCCAUCAAAUGUUCGUGCUAUCACGACUACUUCCACAUAAGGCAGUUAUUUAAUUCCAUGUGACCCGAUUUAGGAAAUUAGAAAAUGUGUGUCAUGUAUAUCUGGGAACAUUUGCACUUGUCAUUGUGGAGGUGAAUUUUCCUGAUAUAAUUCUGUUGAACAGUGGGAAAGUUCAAUCGCUUCAGUGAUGGAUCUAAGUGACAUUUUUAUUAGUAGUUGUAGAAGAGAGAAUCAAAAGGCCAUUAGUUAUUGGUGAGUGAUGCAUUUCAAGUACAUUUGUAUACAUAUAAAGACCGUUCCUUAUGUAUCAUUUUCAAACAUUAUGAAGCUAUAAUUGCCUUACCCCUAAGAAUUAAUAACAUAUAUUGGACAUGUAGAAUGGUCCCAUCCAAGCAUAAAUAAAGUGAAAUCCAGUUAGACUACAAAUAUGCUGAGAUUGCACUACAAGGAACCUUGAAACCCAAAAUUUUCCCGGUGCUGUUUUUUGUACUUUGCUCCAUGGUGGACCAACAGAUUCAUUUCUCUUCCUAAAGCAACUUUUUACCUUUGUGAAUGUAUAGAAUAAAUUGUGUUAAUUUGUUAAUUAAUAUUUGUAAACUUGUUGAUGGAUGAAUAUCUUGGCAUUUUUCUUCUCCAGCUUGAAGAAAGUAGCUGGAACAUUUAAAUGAGUUGGUUUUACAACUUCAUAUACAAAUUUUCCAAGUGGGGUGUUUAGGCCUCCAUGUUGAGUUGAAAAAUACAAAAAUAAAAUUGUGUUUUCACUUUCUUAUAGUUUACUAUAUUGUUUUAAAUGUUACUGCUCAGACACUGUUUGUGUAUUUCAAAUCUAGUAAAAACACAUAUUUGUCUCUCAGACCUUCUGUUUGUGCAUCUAGCAAGUGGAAGGCUCACAAUAAGAGUGGGUAUGCUUUGGUUGUCAUAACUUUUUCUUUUAACAAAUUAAUCGACUUCAUGAAUGGCAUGUAAAGUAAAAUAAAUGUCUCUAGUAAGUAAAAAGUUCGAGUUGGAUAUAUGUAUUAAGUUCUAUUGCCAUUUUACAGUAAUAAUAAAAGAUUGAUACAUGUAGCUACAGGAGAAGUACAUGUGCAAAAAGUUAACAUUUUUAAUGAUGUGUGUACUGGUGAACAUUUUGUUUUGGGUUAGUUCUAAAAUGACUGUGUAAAUUUUGAUUUCUUCUUGAGGUAAGUUACACUGAACUUGGUGAAUAUCAGAUCGGGAAAAGUAUCUAAAUAGUUAGCCAGAUGGUAAAUAGUAGAUUUUAUUAAUUGUAUGUUGAACUGCAGACUGCUGUGUGAAAAGUUACUCUUGUAUUAUACUUCAUUAAAUAAAGAUUUCAGUUAUUUAUAA